AUGGCUGAUGACAGUGAGUUUCCUCAGGAGCUUGUCCAGCGCGGGCUGCGCAAGGAGUUGAUGCCGCAGCAUGUGGCGUUUGUGAUGGACGGGAACAGGCGGUGGGCGGAGGCGCAGGGCCUGACGACGGCGGAGGGCCACGAGGCCGGUGGUCGGGCGCUGGAGAAGAUACUGGAGCUCUCAGCCGCCUGGGGCAUCCGCGUCAUCACGGUGUUCGCCUUCUCGCAAGAGAACUUCAGGCGCCCCGAGGAGGAGGUCGACUGCUGCAUGGAGCUGAUCGAGAAGGGAAUCCGUGAUAAGAUGGAAGAGUACACGAGAAGUGACGGCAAAACAAACGACGGUAUAUGUACCGUACCGCGGGAGGGGGGGGGCUCCGUCCCUGCUGCGCUCCGGCCCAAGCCUCCCGGCGACGGGCCUCCGCUCCGCUCCGUCGGAAGUUGGCUUUUUUCUUGUACAGAAUUUGGAUCACAAUAUAACAUAUACUGCAGGGAAGGAGUUCGGCUGCAUGUCAUCGGCAAUCCCUCAAGCCGGCCAGCUUCUCUGCAGGAGGCUGUUCGGGAAGCUGAGGAGAUGACAAGGAACAACUCGCGGUUCCAUAUGAUACUAGCGACCUGCUACAGCGGGCGGUGGGACAUCGUGCAGGCGUGCCGGGAGCUCGCCGCCAAGGUGCAGGACAAGCUGCUCAACCCGGAGGACAUCGACGAGGAGAUGCUCGCCGGCCACCUCUCCACGAACGUUCUGGGAGAGCUCGCCUGCCCCGACAUGAUCAUCAGAACAAGCGGCGAGCUGAGGCUCAGCAACUUCUUGCUCUGGCAGUCCGCCUACACCGAGCUCUACUUCACCAACGCCAUGUGGCCUGCUUUUGACGAGGAGGAGUACAUCCUGGCGUUGAAGGACUUCCAGAGCAGAGAACGCCGGUUUGGCCAAAGGAAACCAUCCCAGCCAACAAGCAACUGAACCAUCCCAGGCAACAAGCAACUGAAAUGCAAGGCAUUUUCUCAAUGGUAAUAAUAAGUUGCUUCAAAUCAGGAAACCAAAGCAUUUUUGUGGAUGGAACAUAUUGAAAGGUUGCUCAAGAAUAAGGGAUCUAGUAACAGUUAAUCAAGUACACAGCAUGUUCUGAAGAUGACAAAUGACACCACUUUUUAUUCACCUCAUUUUCUUCUUGCACAGUUCGUUAUUUGAGCUGGCGAUUCAAAAAGGUAGCAGACUUUUUGUUUUUGUACCCACCGGUCCAGAUUUAAACAAGCAUGCAUGUUUGCUUCUCAGCUCC